CCUGGAAAGACAGCGCCGAAACUCAAGCAUGACUUCUCCCUCUUCGAUCCCAUCCGCUGCUCGUCGAACUCGAACUACCUAGCGGACUUCACCCCGCCCGCAGGAGAAGGAAGGCAACUUGCACCUGAACCAGGCAGCUGCAAACAUGAAUACACCUUGAAGAGCACGCAGAGCGCUCUACCGCCGCUCGACCUCAGACCCGAUGGGGGAGACGAGUAUAAAGCAGCAGUUGUCUGCAAGAAGUGUAGGAUACACGCAGAUGUGCAUAUUGCUCUUCCCCAUGCAACAAAUCCGUGCCCAAACUCCGACUACGACCUUCAUCAUUUUCAGAGGGCAUCGAGUGAUGAUGUGAGGCUUUCGGAUAAGAUAGCUUAUGGCUGGAUAUGCUCGGCGCCGGAGUGCAGAGCAAAGCUGAAAAUCACAUUCAGAACGCCUAGACUUCAGCCGGCAGAGAAGGAUCUUUUGACAAAUACAGAAUACUUGAAGCAGAGAUACGAGGCCCUUAUGAAGGAUGAUCCGGACAGAGAAGGCCUGCGACAGGCUACACCAAUGGAGGCUCUCAACAGGUUGCGGAGGUACAUCAAAGAUUCGUUGGCAGCCGCCAGGACGAGGACAUCAUUUCCUGCGAACAAUAAACGGUUUCAAGAAGCAUUUGGCCUGUAUGGAAGGGAUUGCUAUGGGCUCCUUCAGCGGCUUGGCUUUACCUAUGAAGCAAAAGGCGAUGAGAUAGCACAAUGGUGCCUUCCCACUCCAACAGACGUUGGUGAUAGGCUGCAGGCGGAUGGUAGCAGCCUCCGCGAACUGUUGGAAGACUGUGAAGCUGAGCUUCUUGCCUUGAUUUACAAGCUGGCUUCGGAAAAUCCCACCUUGGUCAAUCCCGCAAUCGCUGAAGGCUGGCCGCUCGCGGAUAGAGACAUUGAACGGGUUCUCGCAGCCCAAGGAUGUAAGCGAAUUUACUCUAAUGCAAGCAGAUUCUACGCAUCUCUCGGCGCCCUGCCAGACUUUGGCGACAGGCUCAUUGAAUUCUGCUUUGAUCGCCAGUGUAUGUGCGACCCAGAGCGCCGUCCCUACUACUUUGAGUGCUUGCAAGUCAUCACCGACAGCCGCACGAAUUCCGAAUCUCUGCAGCUCAAAGUGGCCACCAUGUCUUCCCAAGACCUCAUCAGCCGACGCGACCUCACUGCAGCAUAUCGAUACUUGGACAUCGAACCAGGAGCUCAUGUUGACGAUGAGCGCAUUAUCAACCUCUUCCACUCGCGUCAAAGCGACUUGGGCAAACAAGCCCAGGAAGAAGCGCGGCAAGCACUUUACAAGAUUGGCGUCUCGCGAGGCAGUCAACGGCUUAUCAAUGCUUCCAAGCAGACCUUGGAGACAUACGAUGAUGCGCUGACCUGGCUUGGCAAUGGCGUUACAAAGGACACUCCAGAUGAGUCGCUGCUUGCUGUGGUAGCGACAAAGACCACAGACAAUGCCGAGAAUAUGGAACUGGCUCAGAAAGCCAUUUCUGUUAUUGCACGAGAACGCAAGAGCGAUACACUGAACGAGUGGUUGCUGAAGGACGGCGAGAACACCAUGGGCAUUGAGGAGGCUCUGCGCAUAAUCGGCGUUGAGGACAAGUGGGAGAAGAUUGACAAGACUGUGCUGCCGAUGAUGUUUGAUGGCGCUCGCAUCGACAGACCCGGUGAACAAACGGAAAAGGCCGUCAAGACGCUGGAGCAGGCUUUGGCCGGCAAUAUUCCAACGUCGAAGCACAGCCCAGAGACCUGGCCGGUCGGUCUCACCAGUCACGGCAACACCUGCUAUCUCAACAGUCUUCUUCAGUACUACUUCUCCAUCAAGCCACUACGGAACAUUGUUCUCAACUAUGACGAAUAUAAGCUUGACACUGCCGUGUGCGCACACAAAUCACAACGUGUUGGUCAGCGCGUAAUCUCAGAGACCGAGAUCAGCGGUGGUCAGCGGUUUGCACACGACUUGAAGGAACUGUUCGAGCUUAUGAUCAAGGCGUCGGCAGAGCACGUCAAGCCGUCGGAAGAUCUGGUGUGCAGGACCUUCCUGGAGCCCUCAGAGUACGCACUCCUGAACGGCAAGGAGGUGACAGCAGCGGCCUCCACAAACGGCUCGGCUGACACGAGCGCCAUCGACGAUAAAGUAGAUGCCUCAGCAUCGGUCGAUUCGACGGGGCAACAUAGCACCAGCAAUUCGAAUGACCAGAAUACCGCCAAUGACAACGACACAGAUGUGAAUAUGGUAGAGAGUGCGGCGACUUUGACACCACCAACAUCUCCGAAGCCGCAGCUAGCUGAUCUGCCACCACUACCACCUCGUCCUGCACCACGUCGGUUCUCCACAACGCGAGAAGUGGCUCUGGAGAAGGCCCAGGAAAAAGCUCGACUUCAGCAGGAUGUUACCGAAGCUCUUGAUCUCGUCAUGUUUCGUCUCAGGGCUGGUAUGACACCCAAAGGAGAGGAUUCGCGAGGAGAGCAGAUUGACGAUCUUGCGCAAAUCUUCAAAAUCACUUUAGCGAGCACAUCUGUCAAGGAUGGCGAGGCGAGCACGCCUGACCCGGAGUUUGACAGCAGCAUCAGGACUCUGGUGCCCAACGAGACGACCGAUAUCUACAACCUGCUUGAUGGCGUAUUCGAUCUUCAACCAAGCGGAUCAGAGGGGGUGGAAGUGUACAAAUCUUUGACCACGAUACCACCUCUAUUUCAGAUCAACAUCUCUCGAAUCAAUUGGGAUGCGGCGACUGGAAGUACGACCAAAUCAGACGCCUGCGUGAAAUUGCCUGAUGAAUUGUAUCUGGACCGUUACUGCGACCACAUCAAUGAGCAAGUCCUGCCACGGCGAAAGGCUUGCUGGGGUUGGCGUAGACAACUACAUGCAUUGAGAAAAGAACAACGGUCCCUCACCAAGACUUCGCUUGACCUGGAUGGACCGACAGCGGUUUCCGAAAGCGCAAAGUUUCUGAGUGCCAUCGAAGACUCGAACGCAGAUCUAGAAGCCCUCGGGCUCGGAGCCAUCAGUGUCGAUGCUCGCCUAUCUGAUGCUCUCUCGGAAGAUGCCCUCGAGCAGAGACAGAAGGUCGCCGCCCUUGACAAGCAGAUCGGGGAGCUUGAGUUGCGCCUCCGUGGCAACUUUGACGAAAUGAAAGAGAUCAAGUAUCGCCUCGCUGCCGUAUUCAUACAUCGUGGUAACACUGGACAUGGUCACUACUGGCUGUAUAUUCACGACUUUGAGAAGGACAUCUGGCGUAGCUACAACGACGAACGAGUGGAAGAGUUCACGAAGCUGAACGAGAUCUACGAGGCCAACAACUGGAAUCAUGGCACACCAACUUAUGCCGUGUAUGUGAGAGAGAAGCUUAAGGCUGAGAUCAUCUCUCCAGUCUGUCGC